GCUUGAGCGUUCACGACCGAGAACGAAGAUUAUCGAAUGGACAUUCAGUGGGUUGUAUCACUUUGCCUCUCUCUACAAGUACAUACAUAUUGUAACUCAAGUUAGCCAACUAUUGUUGAUUUUGCUGGUAGUGAUACCAACAGUGCACAAGAAAAAAACAGUUACGGUAAAAGUGACUAAAAGUAAUUAUACGGCAACACGGCAACUACAUCAACUUACCAUACUGUCAACGAAACGUCGAAAAUGUGGGCAGAGCGUACGAAUAGUGAUGAAAUUUUAUCGUAUUUAUUAUAACGAUUGAAUCAUGCAAUCAUGUGGUCGAUGAGGCAUGAAACGAUGACCCGCGAUGAAUGCAGAAAAUGUUUACGAUGUUUAGUCGCAAAAUAGAGUUAUACACAUUGGAAGUAUAAUUUUAAUUAUAAAGCACGCAUUGAAUAUAUUAUAAUACGCGUGAUUUAUAUCAUUGAGAAAUAGAAAAUGGAAAGAUCAGCUGAAGAACAGUAUUCGAUUAUCAUCAUUAUUUAUGAUUAGUUAGAUGCUUAUGGAAGUAUGGUGUCUGUGUUACGUGCUCAAGGUCCUUUCACUAAUGAGAAACAAAAAUUAUUACAAGAACUCGCUAAAGUUUUACAUAUUUCUAAUGAAAGACAUCGUGCUGAAGUGCGGAGAGCUGUUAACGAUGAAAAGCUAGCAACAAUAGCUGAACAGUUAAAUGGUCCAAAUACUGGUACAGAUUGGACUAUCGAAGGGCGUCGUGUUAUUCCACUUUUACCAAGGUUAAAAGCUCGAUCUGCUUUUACAACAUUAGCAAACAGCUUGGCCCUUGCAACAUCAGCGGCAAACAAAAGGAACCUUCCUGUUCACGAAAAAAUGGAGGAUGCAAAAGAUAUUAGAAGUGAAUCUCCAGUGAAGAUAAAAGUACAAGAAAAAUUGCUUAGCAAUUCUGAGUUUUUGCUUAACAAAGAUAAAUUAAGUAAUGAAAAUGUAGUAAACGAGGAAUUAAAUAAGGAUAAAGAUGUAAAUAAUGAAAGUAAUACUUUUGAGGUCAGUGAAAAAUGUAGUGUUUCUGAAAAACGUAAACCUUCUUCUCCUUUGCAAUCACUUCCAAGCAAGGUUCUAGUAGUGUCUUCAAGUUCGGUAGGAACUUUGAAUCAUGGUACUGCUGAAAAAGGAUCGCUUGAAAAUACUAUUCAUUUAUCACGAAUACCAACAAAUUCAUUACAGCAUCAAAAUGUCACGAUAAUACCACUUAAUAUUAAUUGCGGAGAAAAUGUUACAGAUUGUAAAGAGUCAACAGUACAAGAAAAUGCCAGUGGUCGUUCAGAAAAAGCAUCUGGCAAUCUUGUGAAUGCAGUAAUCCCAGUAGGUACAACGAAUAUUACGAAAACUAAAGGAAGAAUAAUUACAACCCAGAAUAAGCUUAAUACAAAAAUUGGAUCUGCAAUUUUAAUGUCUAAUAACGUAUCAUGUACAUCAGAAAAUAAUUCACAAUCUGAUAUUCAGGAUUCAUCAAACCAGGAUAGUUUAAGUUCUAAAGUAUCAUCCAUAUCUCAUAAUUUACAAAAGACAUUGAACGCUGAUAAUUCAAAUUCAGUUGUUAGCCAUACAAAGCGUAUUAUACCAGUGAUACAUUCUAACGUAAAACCUCCCAUAACUAAGGCUAUUACAUCAAAUAAUCCACAUCAACUUAUGGCUGUAUGUCCUGUUACAACUGUUUCCAAUGGACCAGGACCACCCCAAGCGAAGCAAGUAACAACACUGACUUGUAAAAAGUUACCUACGACACUCAGUAAUCAAACCACUGCCAAAAUGGGUGUUACAUUAAACUCUAAUACAACUGUAAAUAUAGCUCACCAUCCUGACGCGAAAUUAGGUUCUAAAACAAACGUGAUCGUUAUACAAAAGGGUCAAACCAAAGGUGUAACUCUUUCUCAUGCUGGCAAGGAAGUAUUGGGAACCAUGAUAAUGGGUGGAAAGAGUUUAUGUGUCACAAAUCAACACAAUGCCUCCAUUAGUGUGCUACCACGUCAUAUUACAUUAAAUAACGGAGAUCAAGCUGUGACUAUGUUAUCUACAACAAAUUCAUCUCAUACAGAAUCUGUAACAUCCAAUAUAAAGUCUGGUAAUACCAUUAUGUUCAAUCUUCGACAGGAUGUUUUAGAAAAAAAUAAGACAUUAUCUCAUCUCUUUGAAUCAUCUAACGUUCUUACCUCUGAAUCUAAGACUGUGAUACAAAAUACAAAUGCUCGUCUUUCGAAAGAACCAAGUAACAGUGAUUUACAUGUACAGGAUAAAGAAUUAGUUGUAAAAACCGAUGCUGUAAUUACUACUGUUAAAGAUGAAAAACACAGGAAAGUAAAAAUAUAUAUGCAAACGCAAAUUUUUUGUUUAAAGAAUUCUGUGGAUCCUAUAAAAUGUUCAAAAAGUAAACAAAUACUUUCAAAUUCAAAGUAAUAUGUAAAUACAUAAGCUUCUACACUUUGUCUAAAAACUUUUAUUUAAUGAUACUUCCAAUUAAAGAACGGGACAUAAUAUUAAAACUGUAAUUAAACAGUUAUUAAUUUCAUAAACUUCAAAUAUUUAGUACAUAAUCAUGAUGCAAUUAAAAAUUGUAAUAAUUUAUAGCAAAAAUUUGUGUGAUGUAUAUUAUUAAAGAAAAAAGAACAAUUUCACAGAAAAACUGAAUAUAUCAUUAUUUACAUAGACGCAUAUUUCUGUGUAUCUUUUUUUUUAUAAACUACAGUCUUCAAGAAAAUCGGUACUUUGUUAACUCAAUUUAAUGACUUAUUCAAAUACAUAAUAAAUUUUUAUGUGACAUGUGCCAAAUGUAUAAAUUACAGAUAACUCAGUGGUCAAAGAAUAUACUGAUGUGAAUAGCAUUUUAUUAAAUUUUCAGAAAAAGCUGAAUUAUAAUUUCUUUUAAUAAAGAAAAGU